GACUGACCAAAGUUCUUGUUCGUCUUAUUCUUUGGUCGGUUGUCCUUUGUUACACUCUGCUCCUCUCGUCUAUGCCUGUUUGAAGCUUGAUUUGAUGCUUUGAUUAGGGGAUGUGGUUAUGAGGCUAAUUCUGAUCAUAAACAUUUUUGUAUAGAGGGAUAUCAGUUUUUUUUCAGACAGGUGUAUCAAAGAAAAUGAGGUUCACGGUUGCUCUUUUGCUCCUACUGUUGGUGGUCAGGGGAGUUGCACAGGAAGAAGCCCAAACUAAAGGCUGCGUUUGCGGAUACCCUGGAAUACCAGGGGACCCCGGGCACAAUGGCACACCCGGCAGAGAUGGGCGAGACGGAAUUAGAGGUGAAAAAGGUGAUAAAGGUGAACUUGGCCUCACUGGUCCAGCAGGCAACAAUGGCCACAGGGGAGACAAAGGGGAACCUGGUGGCAUUGGCCCAGCAGGGCUUAAAGGAAAAAGGGGAGAUAAUGGAGAGCGGGGCCCCCCUGGGAAAAUGGGGCCCCAAGGAGUCCAAGGACCCAUAGGCCUGAAGGGAAAUAAAGGAGAGCUUGGGCUGCCUGGACCUCAAGGGCCUAAGGGUGAUUUGGGACCUACUGGACCAGAGGGACAAAAGGGGGAAUUUGGUCUUCAAGGUGACAGAGGCAUCCAGGGACCACUGGGACCCCCUGGCAGGCCAGGCCCUAAGGGGGAGAUUGGUGUUCCUGGUCACAAAGGCAGCAUUGGUUAUCGUGGGGACAGGGGGGCUCGAGGAGAGAGGGGUGAUAAGGGCGAGAAGGGAGACGCACAUGUUAUCUCCAAAAGCGCCUUCUCCGUGGGACUCACAGCACUAACCAAACUCCCGGUGGCCAACGCACCGAUCCGGUUCGACAAGAUCAUCUACAACCAACAGAACCACUACGAUCCACAGACGGGACGGUUCACGUGCUCCGCGGCGGGCGCGUACUACUUCGCCUACCACAUCACUGUCUUCUCCAGAAAUGUGAAGGUGGUCCUCGUGAAGAACGGGGCGAAGAUCAUCCACACCACAGACAACUACCAGAGCAGCGAGGACCAGGCAGCGGGGGGCGCCGUGCUGCACCUGGAGGUGGGGGACAAGGUGUGGCUGCAGGUGGCCGGAGGGGAGCUGUUCAACGGGCUGUUUGCUGAUGAGGAUGAUGACACUACCUUCUCUGGAUUCUUAAUCUUUACAGCUUGAUGACCUUAGAAUCACUACACAUGUACACACACAUAUCUAUCUAUCUAUCUAUCUAUCUAUCUAUAGAUAUAUAUAUAUAUAAUGAAAUUGAGGCAUUGUGACUCUGUUUUCUUUCUUGCCUGUUUGUUGUUACAAUAAAGACCAAUAUUUCCUCAGUCA